CCGUGCUCCCUACCUAGGUCAUAGAAAUAACGUCUCCCGCGAUCAAAACAAGCCGUGAUCUAUCCAACAGAGGCAUUUGGGACUCAGCCAGGUGUUCCCUGUCCACUGUCCCGGGUCAGAAGCCAAGAUUUCUUAACUCACAAAGUGCGCUAUGUAGGGAGUAGGGAGCGAAUUAAGAUCGAGCCCCGCAAACAUGGCGAGCACUGUGCCGGUGGUGGAGGAAGCAGAGGAUUUCUCCUUUUUACCUCUUAUACACGACAUUAUCAAAUGCAUGGACAAGGAGAACCAGGACGUCCACCAGGAGUUGAACAGGCUGAGGGUGCGGAUCCAGGAGGCGCGGGAGCAGAUUUUGGCCAUGCCCGGCAUCGACGCCAGUCCUGCGUUGCAGCAGCAGAGGCUGCACACGCUCAGGGAUCAGGUCCGCACCAAAAACCAGCUCCUGCACAAAUACAAGGGCCUGUGCAUGUUCGACAUCCCCAAACCUUCCUGAUCGGCCGUCUGCAGAGCGGAUUAUUUAUUGGAGGAAAGACACACCUUGCCAGCCGGUCUGGACUUUCACAUCAUUCACAUGACUGCUUAAGCUCUGACACUGUGUUUCUGUUGAUCUGUUGUCUCUUGGUCAGUAAAGAACUGACCUGGAUUUUCGUUGUAAUCUCAUAGCUCUAUCUAAUAAAUCUGUUUUAUAAGAACA